AUGAUCGCACAGCCGUCGUCGCACGCUCUGCGGGCGCGCAGCUCGGUGAGGGCAGCCAGCCUCGUCUCGUCGGCGCAGAGGCGCCUCGCUCCUCGCUCCUCGAUCCUUGCUCGCUCGCCCGCGCUCGCCACCAGCCAGAACAAGAGCGUCGCAAGCGCUCGCCCCUUUGCCACCACUGCCGCUGCUCCUCAGGCCGCCGUGUCCGACGCCAUCAUCCCUGCGCCUACUCCCGCUACUUCCCGCAUCGCCGCCGCCCCUGCUGCGUCCGCCUCGCGUGCAACCCAGGGACGGCAUCGCCGACGCUCUCCGCGGCCAGGCGCCCUCACUCCCGCAGACAAGGUGCGCCAGCUCCUCAAGUGGAACUGGCUCAAGCCGGACUCGGACAAACAGCAGAAGAGACUCGAGUUCCUCGCAAAGCUCGAUGCCCAGGGCCAGGCCAACCAAGUCAAUCUACCGGACUGGUUCAAGGCCCUCUACGAGCAGGCUCGCUCAUUCCGCUCGGCUCGUGCGAGGCUUUGGAAGCCUUCAGCUGAGCUGCUUUCCUCCCUUUCCGGCCGCAAAGUCACGGAUGCUGAUAAAUGGAUCGAUGAGCGCAUCGACGCGCAGCGGCAUUCCCUCGUCGAAGAGGUCCGGAAAGCCAACGAACGCACCCUCACUGCCCGAAAGGCCAUCAAGAAGCGCAUCAACGAGCUCGUGCAGGCCAACAAAAACCUCAGCGCAAAGGCCCGACCUGCCGCCGAACGGGAGGCGGCAGCGACCGCAGAAGCAGAGGUCAAGGAGCUCCAGGUCGCUACCGAGGAGGUCGCGAAACGCGUCGCCGCAUGGGACCUGUUGGAGCGCGAGGCCAAGGUCGACGUCGCGGUUCAGCCCAUCUGGGAGAAGAUGAGCGGCCAGCAGAGGUCAGACGCGCAGCUCCGCGCACGAUACGUGUGCAUCCGCAAGCUUGGCUGGAGGCAGGGCUAUUCGUCCGGAUAUCCUCAGCCGACAAAGUCGAUCGAGGGCGGCAAGCCCGACCCGACCGCGCACUUGCCCAAGGGACUGGGCAAGCCGGGCUCCGAGGGCCUCGAGGCGCUGGCGGAGCUGAGAGAGCGCGAGGAGACGGCGGCUUGGGACGCUUGGCUGGCCAUGACCAACCCGCAGCGCGUCAAGGAGGAGAAGGCGGCGUGGGAGCUUCGAGACCGCUCGCAGGUCUACAUCGACGACCGCGAGGAGUCCAAGAUCCUGGGCGCGCACGCCCCGCGCUGGUUCGCCGUGCCCGAGCGGGUGGGACAGACCGUGUUCCUGCCCAACACCGUGGUGCGCCUGGUCAAGAACCACACGCCGGCUGGCCAGGCUUACGACCCAUGGAAGGCGACGUUCCGAGUCCCCCUCAACAUGCACAAGCACGCGCUCCGCUCCUACCUCCUCUCCAUCUACGGCCUCAAGACGACGUGGGCCAGGUCAUCGGUGUACCGCUCUCCCGUGACGCGCAACAUGAACGGCAAGGUCGUCUCGGGCCGCGGCCGCACCUGGAAGAAGGUCGAGGUGGGGCUGCUUGAGCCGUUCCUCUUCCCCGAGGUUUCGCCGGAUUUCAAGACAAAGGAGCUGAUGCAGUCCGAGCUCGACUACGAGCGGGCGCGGGUGUACAUGAAGAUCACCCGCGCCAACCGAUGGCGCAGCAAGAAGAGCGUCGACGAAUACGAGCAAGAGAUCCGCAACGCCGAGGCCAAGACUUACGACGGCCUCGCCGCCGAGGAGGCCGAGCGGGCCAACAACGCCACGCCCCGGCCCGGAUACGAGAAGCCGCCGCCGCGCUUCAUUGUGCGCACCCAGGGCCUGCCCUCGGCCAAGCACGGCAAGAUCCUCAAGCUCCUCGCCGACAAGCGCGCCCAAAAGGAGCAGGCCGUCGAGGCCCUCAUGGCGCAGUACAAGGCCGACAACAAGCUCGACUCGUCCAAGCCUUAG